CGCUCCUUCCCGCUUCCCCAUGGCUGCGCUGCGGCCCCCCCGGGCGGGCCUGGGGCUCCUGCGGGGGCUCUGCUCCGGGGCAGCACUGGGCCCCAUGGACCGCCGCGAGACCUGGGACCGCUUCUACGCCCGGCGGGACGGUGCCACCACCCACUUCGACUGGUUCUUCAGCUACGAGGCUGUCUCUGGCCUCCUGCUCCGGGCCCUGGAGACCCCCAGCCCUGCCCUGGCACCCAUCCGGGUGCUGGAUGUCGGCUGCGGCACCUCGGACCUGGGCCUGGGGCUUUACCGAGACUGCCCGUGCCCCGUGCACGUUUGCUGCGUGGACCGAUCCCCUGUGGCCAUCGGGGCCCUGCGGCAGCUGCUGCGUGCGGCACCCCCACCCCAACACCCCCUGUCCCAGCUGCGCCUGGGCAUCGCCGACGGCACGGCGCUGGGGGCCACGCGGGGCGGCCGGGCUGGCUCCAUCUUCCACCUGGUGCUGGACAAGGGCACGUGUGAUGCCCUCCUGCGUUGCCCGCGGGGGCCAGGCCGGGCUGAGCGGCUGCUGGGCGAGUGCCUGCGCGUGCUGCGGCCCGGUGGCUGCCUGCUGCAGUUCUCCGACGAGGACCCGGACGCCAGGAUCCCUUUCUUGGAGUGGGCCGGGGGCGCCGGCUCGGUGACGGUGCAGGAAGUCGGGGGCCACUACUACGCCUACGCACUCCGCAAGCCGGGCUCAGAGGGGCCAGCCGCGGAGGCCCCUGGGGUGCAGGGUCCCUGCCUGGAGCAGCCUGGGGACGAGGGAGGGGGCGCCGGGCCGGCGGCACCUCGAUGGAGCUGUUAAUAAAGCAACUACCCCAAACACAGUGGUGUGGUCACCCCACGGGCCCUUCUGCCCUGGCUGGAGUCUGGGGGCUGCCCCUGGGUGGUCCUGCAUCGUGGGGCUGGAGCAGGGCUGUCCCCUUUGGGGGGCUCUGGCUGCAGGGGCUGGAGGCACGGGGGGCCAGACCCCCAGGGGCUGCCACAGGGGCAGGGAUCAAAGGUGGGGGGUCACUCUGAGCCAGAGUCCCCACUCUAUGGGGGUGAGGGGGGCAGUCUGGCCUGGGAACCCCCGCAUCCAUGCCCUUUCUCUCUAUGGUCACAAGGUGGGAUAAGCAGGCCCCUCCCCACGGUGGCACGGCGAGGGAGCGCCCCAUCACCUCCCAGGGCUGGGGGGCGGAAGGGAGGGACAGUCAGCUCUAGCCUCCCACUCUAUGGUACCGCGGGCACUCUGGCCCGUGCUCUCUUUGGUCGCGUGGUGCGGCGCUCUGGUCUCAACUCUCCGUGGUCGGGUGGUGCGGCGCUCUGGUCCCAACUCUCUAUGGUCGCGUGGUGCGGCGCUCUGGUCCCAGCUCUCUAUGGUCGCGCAGGCGCUCUGUGCUGUUUGUGCUCCUGCCAUGGAGAAGCUGGCGUUGCUGGGCCGGAUGGCCUUCACGGCAUCGAUGCCCAUUGCCUUGGGGCUGGUGAUCGUGACCAUGUGGGACAGGGGCCAGGAGGAGUUCGCCGAGACCCUGUCCAAAACGUACCCGGGGCACCAGGCCGACCAGAAGGAGAGGGCGCAGCUGAUGGCGGUCCUUAGGCAGGCAGCAAAGACCAAGCGGAACCUGGUGAGAGAGAAAUUCUCCUGGGACGACUGACAGCGCAGCGCCGCGCACCGCAGCGCCCCGCCCCCCCCCGCCAGGGGCCACGGCCACCGGGAGAGACUCCGACCCGAGCGUUCACCUUCUGCCAGCGCCGGCCUCCCCGAGCUGGGCGUGGGACAGACGUUCCCCAGCAGCGACGGGGAGCGGCCACGGGCUGGUGCCGCCCUGGGGCACGGAGGAAGCCUUGGACCGCCGUUCGUAGCCCUGGCAGGGGUGCCAGGCCCGCAGGGCUCUUCCUGCGGCUCCUAAUGUUAAAUAAAUGCUAAAUAAAUCCACCUGGCAUCAUGCAGUGCGUGUGCGCGCACGCGUGCCGGGGAGGGGAGCGGGGCACACGCACCAGUGGGGUGCCCGGGGGGUCCAGCUGCCCCGUACGCGGCAGGACCCUGCUCUGCCCCAUUGCAGAUGCCACCGACGGCCUCCACCUUCCCGUGCUGGCUGGCGCCGUCCUGCUCUCACCCACGCUGGUUCUGCGGGAUUGGGGUCAUCUUGAUGUCGGGGUCCCUGAUCCUCGCUGGGCACCCGGGGCUGUCGAGCGCUGCAGGUGCGGUCCCUCAGGCACAGAGCAUCCCCACGAGUCUCGCCGCGGCGCCCGCUGACCUCCCAGAGAGAUGGAGUCGAGGGCUUGGGUUCCUCUGGAGCAACACAGGCCAGCAGGAAGGGGGCUCCUUGGUGGUUGGUUCUGAUCCCUCCUGGAUCUGCCCCUUCAAGCACGGGGGGGGUCUUCUCCAGCUCACCACUGCUGACACUGCUGCCCCCAGAUGUCUGCAGAGCUUCAGCAGGAGCCUAUUUUAGUUCCUCCCCCCAUGAAAGCCUCACCCUAGGACGAAGCCCCACCCCCCCAAACUCCUGCUAGCACGGCCCCAGCUGCUCAGGAACCCCCCCUCGCUGAUCCAGGGCGGGGCGGGGCGGGGCGGGGCGGGUCGCAGCUCUGCGGGGGCCCCGACGGGAGCUGGGCUGGAUUUGCCUGUCCCGGAACCACCUGCCAGAGUCGCUGUUGCCACCCGGAAGGUGAAACCAGAGAACUCGCUGGCGCUGCCGUCUUCGUUUGUGAUCCGCAAGCUACUUCCGGUGCUGGCUCCCGGCACUUCCGCUUUCCGUACGGCCCGUCCCCCAGUGGGCGCCGCCAUCUUGGCGGUCCUGGAGGGUCGCUCCGCUGCCGCCGCCAUGUCGCAGCCCCCGCAGCGGCGGGAGAAGGCCUCCCGGGUCGACAGCUGCUGGAGCUGCCGGUUGCUGAGCGCGGCGGCGCUGCUGGGCGCCGGCUGGUGGGUGUCCAAGCAACCGCGGAGUGCCCUGGCCCUGGGCGCCGCGCCCAACAUGUGGCAGUGGACGCAGAUCGCCUUCGCCAUCGGCCUGGCCUCCUGGGGCAUGGUCACCAUUGCAAACCCACAGGGAAGCAGAUGAAGUAGUACCUGUGAGACCGACCCCGGAGAGGCGCCGAGACGAGGCGCUGCUGCCCCUCCACGUCCUUCCUUCCCUCCCUCGCAGCCCGCCCGGCCAGGGGGGCAUGGGCCUGGGGCCGGGCUCCGUACCCGGCGGGAUCGGGGCGGGUUCAGGGAGACGCUUAUGGGGGAAAUAAAGCUGGGAUAGACCUUG